GCCCAGUUUACACAGGUGUCGGUAGUUUCCUGACAUCCUUCACCACUCUGGCCUGUUGACUCCUGAACCAGGAAGCCAAUUUGUCUCAAUUUGUAGUUUCAGACUUGAAUCUAUCUGAUGAUGCUUUUAACAAUAAAAUUCCACAACCCCCUGUGUAAAUACAGCCUUGUCAGAAUAUCUCGUUGUGUAAGUUUACCACAAGGCCACUAGAUGUCGCCAUGCUACUGAUGCAGAGUAACACCUGCUGAGUACAGUGAGCAAUACAUUGUUUACGUCAUAUGAACUAAGGCACAGUAGGCUACCUCCUCUCAUAUGAACUGCAUGUCAACUUUUCUGUUGCAAUAGAGAAGUGCUCUGUGUAGCAGCAGCAGCAGCAGCAGCAGCAGAGGCGCCACAGCCCUGAACUCAAGCCUCAGUGACCCUAAUCCAUGACCCCUGGAUGAGGACCUUUGUGUCCUGACAUGCCUGUGAAAGGUGCACUAUCCCAGGCAGUGUACAGCCAGCCAUGGAGCAGCAGGCCUGGAUACUGAGGAGCUUGCUGGCCCAGCUGGAGAGACUGGAGGCUGUGGAUGAACAGGCACCGAAUGGCAUUGCAGGGGAGUUUGCGAGGUUAAAAAGUCAGUCAAUGAAGUACCGCACUGACAGGACCUUCCCAACCAAGACAGCAGAGAAGCAGGAGAACAUCAAGAAGAACCGAUACAAAGACAUUGUUCCCUUCGACCACACCAGAGUAAAGCUCACUCUCACCACAUCUAAAAAUGACACUGAGUACAUCAACGCCAGUUUCAUCAAGGGAGUGUCAGGCUCCAGGGCUUACAUUGCUACUCAGGGUCCUCUUCCUCACACAGUACUGGACUUCUUGAGGAUGCUUUGGGAGUACAACAUAAAGGUCGUGGUGAUGGCCUGUCGAGAAUUUGAGAUGGGAAAGAAAAAAUCAGAGCGCUACUGGCCACAGAAACAAGAGCAGCCAUUUGUUUGUGAGCCAUUUACAGUUUACUGUGAUUCAGAGGAAAAUAAAGGAGAUUAUCUGACAAGGACGUUACGGGUGACUUAUCGCAACUGUAGCCGAACUUUGAAACAGCUGCACUAUUUCAACUGGCCAGAUCACGGUGUACCUGACUCCAUCCCUCCCAUUCUGGACAUGCUACAGGAGAUGCGCUCCUAUCAAGCCCAUGAUGACAUCCCCUUUUGCAUCCACUGCAGCGCUGGCUGUGGUCGAACAGGAGCCUUGUGUGUCAUCGAUUAUACCUGGAACCUCCUGAAGAAACAGAUGAUCACUCUGGAUUUCAGUAUCUAUGACUUAGUUCAAAACAUGAGAACCCAGAGGCCCUCGGUGGUUCAAACCAAGGAGCAAUAUGAUCUGGUGUACCGAACCAUCAAGUUACUGUUUGAGAGAUAUCUGGAGACCAUGGAUGCACAGGCCUGCAGAAAUGAGGUGACCACGGUCCCGCCCGCUAUCACACCUGACACUGAAAGCGAGCUCUCUGACCUGAGUGAGGACAUGGAUCUGCUGCCACAACUCCAGAGCCUGCUUGAUGAGGAGAGGGAGGCUUUAAAACAGUACCGCACUCCCUCGCCUUCCGCUUCAGAUAAUCUCAUUGACUUGAGAGCCAAGGACACGCAGAGUGACCAACAACAACAAUACCUACGCCAGUCCCUUCCUGAGGCUCUGGCCACCACCCAGCACCUGCAGGAGGGACCCAGGACCUCACCCUCACAGCUGCAUAGCAGCCAGAGAGCCUCCGCAGUGGAGGAGAGGAGCAAUGAUGUACCGACACUGAACCCUCCAGCUUCACCAGCCAUGGCGGCAGCCAUCUGUCUGAUGGUGGAAGACCCGUACUUUGACACUCCAAUGAGCUCCCCUUCAUCUGAGGAGGCUCCAGUGGACUCCAGUGAAGAAGCCAAACAGUGGGCAGUUAGCCCCAUCUUCAGCACACCCUCACUGUGUCUGAAUGACCAGACUAUGGAGCUUGACUCUGCUGCCUCAGGUACAGGUGGAGAUGAUAAAGAUGAAGAAGAACCUCCUCCUCUACCUCAACGAACUCCUGAAUCCUACAUAAUCGCUGUGGAUGAAGAGCCCUCAGAACCCUGUGAAAGGUUAAUGGUUAUCAUUCCACCCAAUGCUGCUGCUGAGGCUGUCAGGGAGCUGGGAGGCGAGAAGUACAGCAACCCCCCCUCACCUGUCCCCCCACUUCCAGAGAGGACCCCAGAGUCCUAUGAGUUGGCCAUUGAUGAAGCUCCUGUGGAGCAGAUGUCAGAGGUCAAGCCGGCAGUGAACCUGAACAGAAUAGGAAUGUCCUCAGAGUGGUUUGGUGACUCAAAGUCAGCUGCCACCACAUCUCAGAGUGAGGCGACUCCUUGGAUGAGGAGCAAGAGCCUGAAAGCAAAAAUGAACUUCACAGUAGCAGCACCACACCCUGAUCUGGCAUCAAACACAACCUCAAACCUCCACCCUUACUGUCCAUCGCUGGACCCAAUGACUCCUCCACUGCUGCCUCAAACUGAGGAGAGCCUGACUCCUCCACUUCCUGACAGAACCCCCGAGUCCUUCAUCCUCACCACAGACGACAUGCACGAGAAAACCACCCUCUGCCUGCCGCCACCCUUAGAAACAACACGGCGCUCCCCGAGGGUGGGGUUAUCAUCGGAGUGGGAUGGCACCGUUCAGCCCAAGAGAUUCCUCGAUGUUGUUAUGAGCAGGAGCAAGAGUGUUCGAGCUAAAAGUUCCAAACAAGAGCCCCUCAGUGCAGUUUGGCAGGUCGCUCCACAUCCUGUGGUCGUGGCUGGAGCAGGAAGUGCACAAGCGGAGCAGCAUGAUGUGAACCACAGGCCUCCUCUGAACACUGUGACAUCAGGAAACAAAGCAGACAAAAGCAGUGAGAAGGGCAUGUCUCGAGCAAGGAGUCUAAAGUUUUUUAGACACAAACAAAAACCUAAAACUGCCCCUCCACCACCUCCUACUCAAACUGGAGCACCACCUCCGCCAUACGGUGCCUCAUCUUCAGUGUUCAAAUUUGGAUUUGGGAACCGUUUUGGAAAGCCGAAAGGCCCCAGGAGUUAUCCAGAGACCUGGGUUUGAAAAAUGGACCUAAUGAUGAAUCAGCAUAAUGCAUUGUGUCGCCCAAGGACUUGGACAGCUGGAAGAUUUUUUUUAACAGUAUCCCCUGAAGGUACAAUGGGAGAUCACAUACAGUGAACCUAAAAAGCACCAAAGGUUGCAUCUCUUCGUCUCACACAGCUCUGUAGCACCCUCUGCAGGGAACAGGAAGUUUCUUGAUACCAGCUCUGAUGCACUUUGUUUAGUGUAUCAACUCAGGUUGAUUGUAGUUAUUGAUCAGUGCAUCAUUGAACAGCAUGAACAUCCACUUGGACCAAUGACUUGAAGGUUUAACCAAAACUCAGUCUCUAGGAUAAUUUGCUUUAAGAGGUGGGCAGUCUGCAGUGAGAGGUUUUACACUUCUUGUUUUAAUGCUCAAAGCAAUGCUGUUAAAGGAAUACUUUGCCUAACAAUAUGAUCAUUUGUUUAUCAAUUACUCACCCUGUGUAAUGCUGAAUACAUGCCUUCACAGUGAACGGAGGAAUCCGAAAACUGAGAAGAUUCUUGAUGAAUUGAAGUCAAUGGGGACCAUGUUUAACACCAGCAAAACUACAUCAAAACACCUGUUUAAAAACUCUUAAACAACUCAUGCAGUAUCAUCUGAAUCUCAUUUAUUACAGGUCUUGGUCCUUCCUCAACAGGGAGCCCUACUUGAUGGGGAACUGCUCCCUUCAAAAUCAGACUCCACUGACAAACUUGUGUUAUUGUGUGAUUUUGUUGAAUCCGAAAUAACCCUAAUUAACAAACAAGCCAACAACUGAGGCAACGAUAGACCAGCGAGUGUUCAGCGAGGUAAAAUGACUGUUUCUGUCCACUGAAGAGAGCAUUGAUUCGUUUCUUUUUCAGUUCAGUUUUAAUUACAAAUGGUUUCAGCUAGGGAUGCACGGUACUGGAUUUUUUGCAGAUAUCUGAUAAUCAAUAUGUAACAACUCAUUUUCCCCUACCUAAUUUUAGGGAGCAUCAAGUCUCUUCUGUCGUGGAUCUAACAUCAUAUUAUAUAUGCAAUCUCUUAUCGCGAUGGCCCACCAGCAGGUGGAGACAUGAAACUUAUCAAUGUAUGUAAUAUUUAUUCAUUGUGCCAAUUAAGAAACAGCAUGUUGGCCAAUUCUGAUAGUUCAUUUUGAAGCCAAUAUUGGCUGUUACAGAUGAUGAGCCGAUAUUAGAUCCCUCAGGUCUGCUAGUCUGGGUCUUCUAACUGUUCCAGAGUCCAGGUCAGUUCUUGUUCCUCACCUUUGGAGCAACCUCCCUCUGAGCAUCAGAUCAGCUGACUCUGUUCCUGUCUUUAAAUCUCGUUUGAAAGCGUACUUUUACAGAUUGGCCUUUUCUGACAGUUGAUUAACUUAUUGUGUGUAUGGGAGCAUGUGUAUAUGCAGCCACGUGUAUGUAUGCAUGCUUACAGGUAUAUAUGUGUGCAAGUGUAUAUGUUGGUGUAGGUGUUUGUAUAUGCAGAUAUUUUAUUAGUAUUGCUUUUGUUUUGUAUUUUCUGCACCAGCUCGAAAGGGACUCUACAAAUAAAGUUAUUAUUAUUAUUAUUAUUGUUAUUAUUAUCAUUGUGCAUCCGUAGUUUCAGCUAAAAUGCUGAGCAUAUGUUCUGAGUACUGAGCAUGUGACUGGAUAAAUGAGACUUGGAUAUUUCUGCACGAGUUGUGUGAGAGUUUAUAAAUGGGUCUUUUGAUAUAGUGUUUACUCCAAUUCAUCAAGAAUCUGUUUUUGGAUUCUCACUCAUAAACAUGCAAGAUAAAGUUUUCUUCAUGACUUCAGCGUACAACACGGGGUAAGUAAUUGAUUUACAGACGGUCAUUUUGUGGGUGGAGCAUUCCUUCAAACUUGGUGUAUGAGGAAUAUAUUUUGUUAUUUGCGGGUGUGUGAGAGUUUGCGUUUUGGCAUGAAAAGAAAACGGGUAUAAUAUGAAUCUUUUUCAUCAGCACAUCGCUUCUCCUGACAUAAAGACAACAAACUAUGCAUCACUCAGUGUACCGUGCGCGUCAUUUAAUUUAGUUUCUCUGCCGUACUCAUAUUCGCAGAUCCAUCUGUAGUUUUUAAAUGAUUUUAGAAGCAUCAUAUUUUAAAAGGAUUAUCAGGAUAUCUCAAGGUACAGUGAAUGUGGUGUGUACUGAGUAAUAUGCAUAUGAUGCAACUGUACAGGUAAAAUGUGUUUAAACUGGUUGCACACAAAAUUAUUUAUUAAAAAAUAUAGAAAGUC